UCCCCUGAAGCUCGUUGACUAAUAAAAUAACUACAACAAAAGGUUACUGGGAGUGAGAGAGAAAUCACAAUGGGAAUCAGUGAAGAGAGUAAUACUGAGCCUCUAUACGAAAAAAUAUGGGUGAAAUACACACUUUCAAGGGUAAUGGAUUCAAUUAUUCUGAUCCUCCUUGUUUUGCUACUCUGCUACCGUGUAUUCUCCUAUGAUGACAUGAACCACCACUCAUACCCUUGGUUCCUUGCUUUCAUGUGCGAGUCAUGGUUCACUUUCACUUGGUUAACCAUCAUCUCCACCAAAUGGAACCCGGUAGCUGAGCUUCCAUCAGUGGACUUGUUUGUGACAACAGCAGAUCCAGUUCUUGAACCACCAAUCAUAACAGUGAACACUGUUCUGUCACUUUUGGCACUUGAUUACCCUUCCAACAAGCUUUCUUGCUAUGUCUCCGAUGAUGGUUGCUCCCCUCUUAACUUGUAUGCUCUUGUGGAGGCUUCAAAGUUUGCAAAGCUUUGGGUACCUUUCUGUAAGAAGUACAAUGUAAAAACUAGAGCACCCUUUAGAUACUUCGAUUCUAAUAAUAAUGAGGCCACCGCACCCAACAAUAGUCCAGAAUUCAUGCAAGAAUGGUUGGCAAUUAAGGAUGGGUAUGAGCAUCUUUGCAGUAAAAUUCAAAAUGCGACAAAGAAAUCAAUCAUGCUCGACCAAGAAUUUCACGUAUUCUCAACGACACAGCUCAAUAACCAUCCAACCAUAAUCAAGGUAAUAUGGGAGAACAAAGAAGGUGUUUCAGAUGGGGUGCCCCAUUUAAUCUAUGUAUCAAGAGAGAAGAAUCCUAAUCAUCCACAUCGUUAUAAGGCUGGUGCUAUGAAUGUCUUGACAAGAGUGUCCGGAUUGAUGACAAAUGCUCCGUACAUACUGAACGUAGACUGUGACAUGCAUGUGAACAAUCCAGAGAUUGUACAACAUGCCCUAUGCGUUUUGAUGGAUCCAAAUUCAGAUAAAGAAGUUGCAUUUGUUCAAUGUCCUCAGCAGUUCUAUGAUGGAUUAAAGGAUGAUCCCUUCGGAAAUCAACUAGUCACAAUAUUUGUGUACAUAGGUGGUGGAGUCUCUGGUAUUCAAGGAAUUUACUAUGUAGGAACCAAUUGCUUUCAUAGAAGAAAAGUUCUUUAUGGCCUUUCUCCUCACCAUCAUAUUCAAAAUGGAAACAAGGAUCUUGGAAAAUCAUCAAAAAAGGACAUAAUAUUUGGAAGUUCGGAAGAGUUUGUGGAAUCAGCUGCUCAAGCAUUGGAAGGGAAGAAGACAUUUACUCAAAAUGCUAAUCUUUGCAACUCUCUUGAGGCAGCCAAGGAAGUUGCUGCUUCUGGAUAUGAACAUGGUACUGAUUGGGGCAACAAGGUGGGAUGGAUGUAUGGAUCAUCAGCAGAGGAUAUACUUACUGGGCUGACAAUGCACACAAAAGGUUGGAGAUCUGAAAGCUGUGUGACAGAUCCAAUAGCAUUUAUGGGCUGCACGGCCCAAGAUAGUGUAGUCCAGAUGGCCCAAUAUCAGAGAUGGGGCUCAGGGCUUCUUGAAAUUUUCUUUAGCAAAAACUGUCCUAUUUUUGGAACCAUAUUUGGUAAGCUCCAAUUCAGACAGUGUUUGGCAUAUAUUUGGGUCACUACUUGGGCCUUAAGAUCUGUUCCUGAAACAUGCUAUGCCCUCCUCCCUGCCUAUUGCAUCAUUACCAACUCCUAUUUCUUGCCUAAGGUGAUACACUACUACUUCCGCCAUUUUUCUUUAAUGUUACCUAAUUACGAGUACUUGAAAACUGGAUUGUCAAUGAGAUCAUGGUGGAACAACCUGAGGAUGUCAAGAAUAACUGCAAUGAACCCAUGGAUUUUUUCAUUUGUGACAAUUCUACUAAAAAAAUUAAGGAUACAUGACUAUGCAUUUGUAGUGACAAAGAAAGAACUACCAAUUAAUGAGGGUUUAGAUAAGAAUAAUGUAAAUGCUGGUGGUAGAUUCAUUUUCAACAAGUCGUUGGUAUUUGUGCCAGGCACAACCAUCUUGCUUCUUCAACUCACAGCUUUGAUUAUCAACUUUUUUGGAUGGCAACCAAAGGCUAGAAGUGGUGGACAAGGUUCAGGGUUUGGAGAAUUAAUUUGCAGCAUUUAUGUUGUUCUGUUUUACUUGCCAUUCUUGAAAGGGCUAUUUAGGAAAGGAAAAUAUGGGAUACCCUUAAGCACAAUAUGCAAGUCAAUGGGGUUGGCUUUGCUCUUUGUGCACCUUUCAAUGUUUAUUGUUUGACUUCCACAGCUCUAUGGAGUUUCUUCAAGAGUAAAAUAUAAGUUGUCCUUAACCUUAAUUAUUACCAUUGUGUAUCUUUGUUUUGAUCACCCUUGUUGGUUAAAUAAAGGAUGCUUAUUAACUUCAA